AGCCGAUUUGAUGUAUUUCUCUUCUUUUUUAUGUGUUUAGUUGCUAUCUGCAGCAUGCAUUCUGGCUCCAUGCAAGUUUUACGGCCCGGAAAUGAAUUUGAAGAAAUGUGUUUUGAAACGCUUUUCCACGGAAAAAAGGUGCAACAUAUGCGAUUGUGACCAACAGUUGACGGGCUCUUGGUGGGCUCUCUCGACACGGCGCACGGCAUAAAAGGUGUGUCCCGCGCUGGAUCGAUUUUGGGAUGGUACUUAUGUUUCGGGUGAAAUUUGAUUGAAUUUCAACGGCCACACGACCACAUGGCCCCUAUUGUGGAAGUGUUUGAAAGAGGCAUUUGGGUGGAUUAAAAACGGUUUUAAUCUGAUGGCUUCUUUUUGUAUUCGUUGCGUAAAGCAAAACUAUUCAAUUUCGGUAUUUUUUGCCCGAGUGUUUGUAUGCUAUAUUAAAACUAGAAUGACACAAUUUGGAAUGAACAGUUUGCAGAUGCAAUGAGUGGAAAUAUAAAAGAAUAGCUACGAGUGUAAACAUCCACAACACACAAAUUGCUUUCCAAUCUAAAUCUAGCCCAAAACCGGAAGCAGAUGCGUGAGAAAAUGCAUGAAUUCAACUACAAAAUCCUCUAUUUGACAAUGCAUUUCAGAGUUGAUUGCUUUCCGAAUGCAGAACCAAAACUAACCAUGAUGUUUAUUUGGUCAAUACGUAGCAAAAGCUAACAAGCGUAACUAUUUGAAGAAUUUAAAGAAGUGAAACAUUCUCGGCAUAGAUCGUACAUUCUCGCAUUGCAAGAGACAAAACAUUCCUUCACACGUGUGCGUGAUCUUCCUUCAAAUUCCUUUCUCCAUUCGCCUGUCUGCCAAGUUAUCAAACCUGGCCUCAAUGUAGUUCAAUACAAUCUCCCGUUCCAUAAAUAAGUCAUUCAACUUCGUCCAACGUCUGAUAGAAACUAAAGCCUUGCUGAACGAACUCCACUGACGGACCAGACGCCAGGCAAGAUAAUUCCUGCAAUGCGUGUAGACAUUUCAACUAUUUUGUCUACUUUGUCGAGUGCAAUUCCCCAUGCAGCCCCUCGACCACCUCGGAUGGCAUGCAAGUGCAUAAAUCGAUGUCAAUCGACGAGCGAACGUGUUUAAUGCCGUACGAUCCUGUUUCGUAGGGGAAGAUCUUCUCCUCCCUAUAUGGCCGAUUUUGAUCGCAGUGGAGUGAAGAAAAAACAGAGCACGCAUAGGGUGGCUCAAAUAGGCACACACACACUAGUCUGCAGUUCGGUUUAUCGUCUGGUGUCUCGAAUGAAUCAAUCCAUUGCCGAAAUAUUGUAUCCACCGUCAAUAAAUUAGAAAUCUUCUCGAAGCUAGCCAUUGGCCAUUGGCUAUAUCUGAGCACCGUAGCUCACAGAUUUCGCUCAACCGGCAAAAGAUUAAGCCGAAACGGCUCGAUCAUCUACAAAUAGACUGGGAAGGGUGCGUGUUGCCUUAGAAGAAUGCGGAGCCACAAGUGGCUUUGAACUGGAUUUUGGCUCGCGCCAUCACGCGCCACUGAAAGAAGCCUGAUUUAUGCUUCCUCUCAACGCAGAUUGUAAUCGUAGGCGAUUGAAGAUAAUCUUGGAUUGGUAACAGGUACCAUGGAGUCAUUUGUACAGAAACUAACACAUGAAUUAGAGCGUAUGACAAGAACCUUCAGCACAUUCUUGGUGCAAUAAAUUCUAUCUGAACGAUAAACAACGUUCCAUCGGCGAAUAAGCUUUACUAAUAAGCAUACUUUGCGGUGAUGUAAGACUGUGAACCUUUGGAACAGGUUCUAUCAAUCAAUUUGUAUUUACCAGUAUAGACAAUGACGAGUAUUAAGCGCUUCAUUAAGCGUGUAAUCAAAACAAUCCCAAGAGAACUUCAACCGCAACGCAUGCUUGCAUUAAUUAUAAUUUGCGCGGACCUGUUUGUAUGGCCUGUUUGAGCCUUCCAUCUACUGCCUGCAAGAACGGUACAAAACUCCACCGUGAGUCAUGAACUCUAUCGGUGCUUCCCCGGACUUUUUUGCCCUGCAGGAGUUCGCUGGGGAGUUCCCCGAAUUCCUAAAAAGGGAAGCAUUCACCUUUGGUACCUUAUCCUCAGUAAAUAAACAACGGAAUAGCUCUGCAUCGGGCGAGUGCUACUUGCCGACUUACUACAAAAGCAGGAACGAUUCCGUUCUGUUGUCUCAGACACAGGGAUACCACGCACGAGGCCACACCGAACCGCAGCAAGAUGGCACUCCUCCAUCGAGUUGCUCUCUUCACCACCCUAGCGAUGGCCGUUUGUGGUGCGGAACUGUUUACACAAACUGUGCCGGACGAUUUCUACCAGCGCAAAGAUCUCAGCGACUGUCUGGAACGGUUUCAUGCACCGAAGUUGUACGACAGCCAGUGUUUAAUAUUCGGCGGCACACAGGUGAAUGUGACCGAGUUCCCCCAUAUGGCCGUGCUUGGCUGGAAGGUGAAAGAGCUUGGCGAAGGUGCUGACAGUGGUGACGAUGGUGCUGGUGUACGGUGGCAGUGCGGUGGAUCACUCAUUACGUUGAGGUUCGUGCUGACGGCCGCACACUGUGCGGCAGACGCAAACAACAUCCCGCCCCGGUUGGUACGGUUGGGAGAUGUAAAUCUCGCCUCGACGAAAGAUGAUGCAUACGCGCAGCAGUUCGACAUCCUACGUAUCGUGCGUCAUCCGGAGCAUCGCUUCUCGAGGAAGUACUUUGAUCUAGCCCUCGUAGAGCUGGACGGUGUCGUAAGACUUACAGAAGGCGUUUGUCCGGCAUGUUUGUGGACAAACAGCAAAGUCCUACCAGCACAAUUCUUUCAAACGGCCGGCUUUGGUGAAAUAACCUUGGGUGGAGGAUCGGUGCCGACACUGCUGAAAACUGCGCUAAGUGCAACCGACCCUACCGAGUGCUCCGAAUCGUUCAAAUACAUACGCGGCCUACCGGAAGGCAUCAGGCACGAUCAAGUGUGUGCCUCCAUGCUAAACGCUGACACUUGCCAGGGUGAUUCGGGUGGACCGCUGCAAGUCUCGCUACGCAGCUACAGCACCGAGCACCCGUUCCUAGUGGCGCUGACGUCGUUCGGAAGGGGCUGCGGGAUAGGAUCGUCGGGCGUUUAUCAGCAGGUAGCCGCCCACAUUCCGUGGAUCGAAUCGGUAGUAAACGAAACCAUGGAUCCGGUUCGUUGCACCGAGAAGUAUGGGGCGUUCCGGUUGAUUCGCUCGUUGGAGCCGGAGUGUAGCUUGCGGGGGCAUAGGAAGAGCCGUGUCCGGUUUCUGUGGCCUGAAGGAGCAAAAGACGUCAAGCAGUAUUGCAGUGGAACGCUGAUUGAUUACAACACGGUGCUAACGUCGGCAAGUUGUACCAAAAACGCUGCCGGUGGUCAUCCAGUGGAGGUAGAGAUUUUGGAAGAAAGAGUGAAAAUUGUGGAAAUUCAAGUACAUCCACAGUUUCAAGAGUUGUCACCACACCACAACCUAGCAUUGGUGCGCUUGGAAAAGUACCUAAAUGAUACCGAACAUGUAGCACCGAGUUGCAUGCCGCUCCAGAAAAGCUCUGAAAUAUGCACCGAUCGUCAAACGCACGAUCCUGUAGCUUGUUGGGAUAAGUUCGCAGAAAGAACCAAGCGGAAUCUGCUGAACAAACUUUGCUCCUCACAAAACAUACGCUCCAGUACGGUGAGAUUGAUCUGGUCGGCUCAUGAUGACCAACAACAAACAUGUGUAGGAACGGUGAUAAAACCUGACACUGUAAUCACUUCAAUACGGUGUUUGGUCGAACACAGUGACACACCUCCGGUGGAAGUUGCGUUCCAUGAUAUGGGUAAUGAGAGGCGAGUAAAGGUUGUGAAAACUCUGAAACAUCCCGGAAAUAAGAAAGGAAGCCGUAACCGUGACACUGCACUGCUGCUGUUAGCCGAACCGCUUGAAAACCUGAUACCAAACUGCAUUCAAAGCUUGGUUGCUGACAAACGGUUCAACAGAACGCAGGUGCCUGUUUACAAGCAACAAAAAUCAGCAGGAAUUCUUGGACUUCCGGCAAGCCGAAUGUGCAAAGGUCGUAUGCUGGACAGCUUCCGAGAGUUGGUAGGUGAAACCGUUGCUCACAGUUCACAAUACACAUGCUGGGAUACGGACCAACGGCUCGUCCCCGGAACGAUCCCCGUCGUACGCGGGGCAGGUUUGUUGGAUGAAUCUAAUCGUUUCAUCCACGGUGUGACGACAGAUUUUAGCACCUACGGAUCCGUAGAUCCCCUGAUAAGUGUAAACCUUACCUCGUACACCGACUGGAUAACGCGCUUUGUACUGUACCGACCACCGAAGUUGGAGCUUGUGUUUCGUGGUGGUGAGGAUGAGUUCGAUUUCGGCAGCAGCUGUGUGCUGAAGAAUGGCACCACGGGCAACUGCAUGCCGGAAUAUGGUUGCGAGCGCACAAUUAAUGAGGCGAAAAGUGUGCAAGACAUUACGAUUUGUGGGUUUGAGGGAAGUGUCAGUUAUGUUUGCUGCCCGAUAGGUCAUCAGGAUUUUCCACCAAUUCCCGAGAUAGAGCAUCCUUCCGUUGUUAGUUUGUUACCUUCGCUACCGUAUGAGAACGUCCGGCUCGUUUCGUUUGAGUGACUGACUAGAUUGUAAGUCCGUGCGUACUUUUGUAGAAUGUGUGUAAUAGAAGAAGAAGAACAUACCUGAAAUUAAAGAAUAAGAACAAAUACAAAUGGUAUGUUAGAAUGAGCGGCAAUUAAGGAAGAAAGCCAAAAUGGCAUCUGAUUUGUUUGUUUA